CUUUCUGAAAGACUCAGCUGCUGAUGCUGCAGGAAAGAUAAUUGCUAACCCAGAUUUGACAGCACUGCACAACCAUCUGAGGCCUACCUGUUUACUCUGAUACUUCUACAACUAACUUGCUUUGUCUUACAUUCAACAAUGGAUGACAAAACACCAUCAUUUGAUCUAACAGACAUAAAAACAACAAUAUUCAAACAGGAACAGCCUCAAAGUUGUUGUUGUUGUUGGCCAAGUUGGUGUUGUAGAAAACGACAGGUGACAUACAGAAUUCCAGCUCUUCUCUAUAUCAGUGAAAAUAAAACCUACCUUGCCUUUGCUGAAAAACGGAAAACACCAAGUGACACAGAUGCAGACAAGCUUGUGAUGAGAAGAGGAUUGUGGGAGGAAGACAAGAAUAACAUAAAGUGGGAUAGUACUCAUCAGCUGCUUUCUUCAGCUUGUCUACCAAACCACCGCAGCAUGAAUCCAUGUCCAGUCUAUGAGAGAGAAUCUAAGACCCUCUUUCUGUUUUUCAUUUGUGUUCCUUAUGGGGUCUCUGAAGCUAGUCAAAUUGAAGCAAAAAAGAACCAGGCACGGCUUUGUUACAUAACCAGUCAGGAUAACGGCAAUAUCUGGAGUGAUAUUACAGAACUGAAAGAUGUGAUCAGUGAACAUGAGAAAAACUGGGCCACCUUUGCUGUUGGACCAGGACAUGGUAUUCAAAUGAAGGACGGAAGACUGAUUAUCCCAGGAUAUGUGUAUUACUUUGUUCAGCCGAAUGCACCCAAAUCACAUGCAGUCACAUUUUGCAGUGAUGAUAAAGGACAUACUUGGCAUGUAGGAAAACAUAUGGAAGGUGAAUCUAAUGAAUGUCAGAUGGCUGAGAUCACAGAUGACAGUUAUAAUAGUUUACUGUACUGCAAUGCUCGAAGUACAUCUGGCUACAGAGUCGAAGCUCUAAGCACCAGUAAAGGAGAAGCUUUUGAAAAACCUUUUACUGUUCAAAAGCUGAAAGAGACCGAUAAGGGAUGCCAAGGUAGUGUGCUAUAUAUUCCUUCCCCUCCAUUGCUGCUCUAUUCUCAUCCAACCACUGAACACAAGAGAAAGAAUCUCGGAAUCUAUGUGAAUAAAUCACCAUCAGAUCCAAGUCAAUGGACCUAUAAUGGAACAAUCAAUAAUGGUCCAAGUGGAUACUCGGAUCUGGCCGAGUGUGAGAAUAGAGAGUACAUUGCUUGUCUCAUGGAAUGUGGACAGAAAAGAGAAAUUGAAGAGAUAGCCUUCAAGUUCUUCAAAAUCAAUAACGCUGUGGAAUCUCCAUAGCAAUGUUAUUUUGGAAAAACUAAAACUGAUUUGAUUUUUUUGCUAGUUCACUUGUUUGCUCAUUACAAUUGCUGAAUGUUAAAAUUCAAAUUUGAAAUGCAUUAGUUUUUAAUUCAAACAGCAAAUAAUCAUAAUCAGGCAAUAUGCUUU